AUGGGGAUCGCAAAGAUUCUCGUGGUUGGAAGCAUACAAGGCCAAUUUAAGAAGGCAUUCGCAAAGAUCGCAAAGCUACAAGCGAAACAGAACUUUGCCUUGGCUGUUGUCGUCGGUGAUUUCUUCAAUCCAGACAGUGGUGAGGGCAAUUCGGACGAGUUGGAAAGUUUGAUCAAAGGUCAGAUCGAUAUUCCUCUUCCAACAUACUUUGCUGUUGGCGAUUCCCCGUUCCCGGACACAAUCAAGGUAAAGCUGGAAGCCGAAAGUGAUAUCUGCCCGAACCUCUUCUAUCUUGGCCGCAAAGGAACCAUGACUACAGCCGAAGGCGUGAAAAUCGUUUCAAUCGGAGGUCGACUCGUCCAAAAUGAGGCAUCAGUUACACAGAAGCUGGGCACGUGUGACCCGUUGUAUCUGGACAACGAUGCACGGGGACUUCAUGGCGCACAUUCUGCUCAUAUUCUCAUCACGAAUCAAUGGCCCACCAAUAUCACCAACGGCUCCAAAAUCGAUGUUCCAGUGGGCGUGGAUGGUAAUUCAGGUACUCAGUCUAUCUCAAAUUUGUGUCAAGCGUUGAAGCCAUGGUAUCAUUUUUCAAGCAGCCCCGGUGGCGUGUGGGAGCGAGAACCUUUCAAACAUAUACAGGACUACGAUUCUCUGGAACAACCGGCUAUGACCAGGUUCAAAAGCCUUCCUAGUGUAUCUGCCCCGGCGAAGGAAUGGAUGACAGCCUUCACCGUGGACACAUCACGGCCGCCAGCAACAGUCGACCCUCCACUCGAUUCACCGUUCAUCAGAUCCUCACCACCACGAAAGCGACUUGCCACGGAAGAUCAAGAGUCACGUGGACGAUAUGCUGAUGGUGGGUAUGAAGGACGCCAUCACAAACGCUCCCGCAGAGAUGCUCGUAAGGAUCCAAGUGAUUGUUUCAUGUGCCUGAACAAGCCUGAAUUCAAGACUCAUAUGGUGGUGUCGAUCGGUGACGAAAGUAUGGUCACGGUCUCGCGAGGCCCGUUGCCUUUACCAUCGACGUUUCCGCAGCUCUCGUUCUCUGGCCACGUGAUGAUCAUUCCCCAUUACCACGCCGCAGACGAGUUGGCGCAAGGCAAGAGACCAGCCGAGGAGGUGGCCACUGAGUUCAAAGAGAUGACCAGGUUCCGUAAAGCCCUCAGCGAAAUGAUCGGCUCGAAAAGUCAAGGUCAAUUAGGUGCAAUCUGCUGGGAAGUUAAUCGCACUGGAAUUCGGCACCAUCACUGGCAAUUGUUGGCUUGCCAGGCCGAACAGGUGAAGAAGGGUUUGGUGGAGGCAGCGUUCAAGGUAUCUAGGGAGAGGAAUCAGUAUCCUCCUUUCGAAACCUGCGACCCUGAUAGUCAGUUACCUCAGCGGUCCGACUACUUCCGCGUGUGGACUUGGGUGUCGGAUCCAGUUGAGAUGGCAGAUCGUACAAAUGGCGACGGCAAGAAAGACGUUGGGGUAACAAAGUCCAUGUACUUCCCACUGCCUGCGGACCAGAAAUUCAACAUCUGGUUUGGCAGGGAGGUCAUGGCAGGAUUAUUGAAGCUCGAGAACAGAUUGAGCUGGAUAGAUGCCUUACUUCGCAAGGACGGUAGUGAGCAGUUGGCGGAGGAAGAGGAUGCACAAGGUUUGCGAGAGGACUUUGAAGACUUUGAUUUUGCGAUGAAGUGA